GUUGCUGAGCAUCAUAUUUAUUAGUCGUGUUUAGGCUUUAUAAAAACUAGUCGCAUAAUUUUUAGUUAUAAUAAAUUGUUUUUUAUAAUAUAAACAUAUGAAAGUACAUUUAAUUGACUAUACACACACCUGUACAUGCCCAUCUAACGUUUUAAUUUGAGGAGGCGCUUAGAUGAACUCGCCGUUUUUUUUCGGUUUGAAACAUCUAACAAUUGUUGAUUUGAUUUCUCUGCCUUGUUUCGUGAGAGCGUUCAUGUUCAUGCUAUUGCGAAGAACUUGUGCUGUUCGGCAAAAGUACGUACAAAUAUAUGCAAAUUAGGCAAAUUGUGCAAUUUAGGCAAAUAUACACUUACAUGUAUAUGCACAGCUGAUUCGUAUAUUUGCUUACCUUUUAUAUACACGUAUUUAUGUGCUUACUCAUUUAUAUGGAAAAAUUAAGGGGUUAAAGCGCUCUGUCGAAAUUUUGUUACGUUGUGCCUUUAAGAUAUGACAAGAGAAAUAUGGAAUAUUUUAACCAUGCAAUAUUUUUUUUGUCAAGAAAACAGCUAGAUGGAAGCAAAGCCAACGUCAGGAAUUCUCGCAGAUCUGAGGCACGCACACAAACAGAAAAAUGUCGAAGAAGAAAUGUGCUCACACAUUUUCUGUCACCUAAGCUAUGCGCCGCGUCGUCACUCGUCGUGAUAUUUGCCAUAUUGCAGAUUUUCCACUUAUGCAAGGAUAAUGGAGACAUAGGAUGCGCAUUUAAUUUUAGAACUAUGGGGGGAAGAAAUUUAGCACAAAAUAAUGGGAAUAAUGGACCAGGAGACAAAACUAGGAAUAGGGAAAGAACGCAAGUGGGCAAGGAAACGUUUUUAAAUACGCCUAUUGUGGAAGAAAAAGAAGAAAGUGGUGGCUGCAGAUAUGAAGAACUAGAAACGAUUUUAGGUGGGUCCUAUAAUUCCAAUGAAGGUGAUAAUAAAACUUAUUAUGUUUCAUUACCUGUAGAUGAAUCAACAGAACAAUCCGAAGACGAUUCGGAAGUAGAAUCAGAAGGAGGCCAAUCUAGAGGAUCAGAUGGAGGUAUGUCUAGAGAAUCAGAGGAGCAGUCUGAAGAUUCUGAUGAAGAACAGGACCAAGAUGAAGAUGAUUAUGAGGACGUUGAGAUGUUAAGGAGUGGAAAGGGCUUUUCUGGUUUUGGACAGCAAAGGAAACAUGACGAUGAUGAUUUUCUACGUUUCGACGCUGAGGAAUCGUUUUCGGAGGAUUCAGACACAGAUUCUGAACCGAGAGAAAUGUUAACUGAAGAAGAAUUAAAUAGAAGGCUUAAAGGAUUAAGGGGCAAUUUAAAUGAAGCUGAAAUGCUUUAUCUAUGGAAUAGCUUCCACGAAAUUGAGAAUAACAAAUUUCAAGUUAUGCAAAGACAUCUAUGGGAGUGGUGUGAAUUAUUAGCCUUUGAAUAUAAGAUUCCAGAAGAUACCUUAUUAAUGGAAUGGAAAAGAAUUGUAGAUUUUUCAUCGGAUGAACUAAUGAAAAAGACUGUUAGUGAUUAUAGAGAUUUUAAAAAGUUGGUUAAUGAGGGAUUGAAGAAUAGUGUGGAUUUUGUUUACUUUCUGAAUUCUAAAAGGGAAGCGUGGGCCGGUUUUAGAUCCAGAACAGAAGCUGUCUGGAAAAACACUAUGGAUAACAAAUUUAGAAAUUAUUAUUAA